AUGUCCCGCGCGCGCGCCCCCGACGCGGUGACCCUCAACGAGACCCGCGAGGACGCCGCGCGCGCCGUCGGUGCCCUCUUCGCCGCCGCAGCGACGCGCACGCGCGGUGCCUCCAUCAAGGCGCGCACGCUCGCGCCACACGUUCGACACAAGCGCGCGACGCACGCGGUGACGUGCGAGACGAUCAAACACGCUCGAACGAUUAAAAGCGUGUUCGCGGACGCGUGUGAGGAUUUGCGAGCGCUCGUGGACGAAGACGCGGGCGAGAGCGAGGGAAAGGAGACGUUUCGACGACGCGGCGAGGCGUACGUCUACGCGUACGAGACGCUCUUCGGAAACGGACGAGGAUUGGAGCGAUGGGAGGGAGGUGAGGGGUGCGCGAUCGCUCGGGAGAACGAGGAGGCGAUGCGAGAGGCGUUGAAGCGGGAGAUGACACUGAGAGGGGUGUCGAGCGCGAAGGCGCUUUCGGAACUCGUGGUCGAGGCGAGCGAAGGCGCGAGCGUUCGAUAUUCGCGCACGGCGCGAGUGAACACGCUGAAGAUGACGGUGAAAGAUGCGUUGGAGGUGUUUAGGGGCGAUGGGUUCGAGUGUGACGUGGACGCGCUGAUCGAUACGUUGUUGGUAUUCCCUGCGGGGACGGAUUUGCACGCGCAUCGCUUGGUGAAGAGCGGCGGGGUGGUGCUCCAAGGACGGGCGAGUUGCUUGCCCGCGGCCGCGCUCGCCCCGGAGCGCGGAUGGGCGUGUAUCGACGGAUGCGCGGCGCCGGGGAACAAGACCACGCAGCUCGCUGCGAUGGUCGGAAGAGAGGGAGGUGUGUACGCGUUUGACGCCGACGCGAAGCGGUUAAAGCGACUGAAAGAGAACGCGACGACCACGGGAAGUCACGCGAUCAUUCGGGCGAAGUGUCAGGAUUUCCUCACGGUUGAUCCAGCGAAUCAGCAGUACGCGAGCGUUCGUGCGCUCUUGCUCGAUCCCUCGUGCUCGGGAUCGGGCACUGAGGUGAACAGAGGAGACAUAAUGCUUCGAGAGGCGUUGUGCGAUGACAACGAUGAUGAGAACGAAGUCGACGCGGCGGACCACGAUCGCGUCGAGAAGCUCGCAGCGUUUCAGAAGAAGGCGUUGACGCACGCUUUUAACUUUCCAGAGGUCCAGCGCGUGUCGUACAGCACGUGCAGUGUGUAUGAAAAGGAGAAUGAGGAAGUUGUCCGUGACGUAAUGGGCGCCGCGAACGAGCGCGGCUUCAAACUAGUGCACGCCCUUCCCGCGUGGCAUCGCAGAGGCAUAGCUAUUGAUGGACUGUCGGAAUCCCAAGCGCGCUGUCUCAUUCGAGCGGAUCCGACUGAAGACGAUAUGGAAGGCUUCUUUGUCGCAGUUUUCGAGCGAGACGUCGAGCGGACACGUAGCAAAGGAUGCGAGCUUCCCCCGUCGAAUCCGAACGCUGCCGCGGCGAAAGCGGAGUCCGAGCGCGACAAAAAGAAGAGGUCCAUGAAACACGCGACGAUCGCGCAACCUGUGUACGCGAAAAAGAAGUCAAAGGGAGGAAAGCCGGCGCCACUAUUUCGGUGA